CUUUUGAAGCCGAUCGAUCGGAUACAAACGGAAGCCAAGAGCACCCGGUCCCUAAGAAUCCGGAUCGGCGGGGAGGGGCGGCCUCGGUAAUUUUCAUAUGAUUCGCGAAUUACAAAGCUUCAAUUGACAAUUGACUCGGAGCUACAAAGCUCCAAGCUUUUUAAGCUAAGAGCUCUCUCCAACUACGUCAACGAUUUGACUACACGAAUCCCACCUUUCCUUUUAUCUCUCAUAUCACAUAGUGGGAUGUGAAGAUACGAUUAAGGGAAAACGACAAUUCGAUUUGAAAUAGCGCCAAUAUCGUGCAAAAUAAAGUACUGUCUUGCUCAAUUGAUUAAGAACAAUGGCGUCGGCAGCUUCAACAAUUCCCCGCAGCAUCUUGCGUGUGGCGCAAAGGCCUUCGUCUGUCUCUGCUGCUAGACGAUUCCUGCUCUAUCGCCCGUUAAGCAGCACAAGCGCCCACCGUGCUGGCAUCUUCCCAGGCAAUCUGCCGCCCAUGGAGCCGCAAAAGCAGCGUGGUGUGCAGACUGAAGGAGAUGCCCAGGUUGGCGAGCUCGAGGGUACUGACUUCCGCAUUGAGCCCAUAAAAAGAGUUAGUGAGGAUGAUAGUACGAUGCGAGCGAGAUUGGUUUACCAAAGCCGCAAACGCGGCAUCCUCGAAACCGACCUCCUCCUCUCCACCUUCGCCGACGCCCACCUCCCUACCAUGACACGGGAGCAAAUGACCCAAUACGACCUCUUCCUCGACGAAAACGACUGGGACAUAUACUACUGGGCGACGCAGGAACCUCCCUCCAACACCGUAUCCUACGACGCCCCCUCUCCCACCUCCACUUCCACCUCAGUUCCCACCCCAUCCAUAGAAACCCAAGACACAAGCUCCGCGGACUACGCCGGCGGCGUCGAGGCCGCGAUCUCCGAAGCCACACCGCUCGACACCUCGCCCUCGUCGCAAGAGACCUCAAUCCCCACACGCUCCACCUCCACCGUCUCAACCCCCUCUUCCUCCCCGCACCACCUCUCCGAAACGCUAAGCACAGGCGGAACCCCCGCCACCGGGGACGCAGGAGAGGGCAAGGAAGCAGCUGCAGCUGCGUCCGCCGCAAGCGAGGAGCCGUAUAAACAGCAAGGAGAGACGGGGGAGUGGGCGCAGACGGUGGGGACGUUUAAGCCGGCGUACCGCCCUGUGCCGGAGCGGUGGAGGGGAAGUGAGGUGUUGAGGUUGGUGCGGGAACAUGUAAAGGCGCGGGCGAAGGAGAGGGGUGGGAUGGCUUUUAUGCCGCCUUUGCGACAUCCGUGAGUUCAUGGAGUGGUUAUGGGGGAAGGAAGGAAAAGGGGAAAAAAAUAAAAUGGUGUAAUCAUGAUUAACUAAGGGCUUUCUCGUUGCGACAACUGGUCGUAUAUGGUGGGAAGAGGACUUGAAGGAUUCAUUGAGAAAAUGCGUCUCUCGUCUGUUAUUCUAUGAACAAACGAUGUAGCAAAAUUAUUUUAAUACGCAUAUUUCAAGCCGAAGCUAUGCUUGAAACCUUCCUAGCACCCAUAAUACUUGAGGAUUUUGGAAGAGUAUGAAACAUUA